ACCGGCCCCUGUCCCAGCCUCCGCAGCCGCGGCGCGUCCACGCCCGCCCGCGCCCAGGGCGAGUCGGGGUCCCCACCUGUGCGCUCCUCAGUGUGCCCCGCGCCCCGCAUGUAACCCGGCCAGGCCCCCGCAACUGUCCCCCGCAGCUCCAGCCCCGGGCUGCGCCCACCCGCCCCGACACCAGCUCUCCCGCCCGCUCGUCCAGGAUGGCCGCGGCCAAGGCCGAGAUGCAGCUGAUGUCCCCGCUGCAGAUCUCUGACCCGUUCGGAUCCUUUCCUCACUCGCCCACCAUGGACAACUACCCUAAGCUGGAGGAGAUGAUGCUGCUGAGCAACGGGGCUCCCCAGUUCCUCGGCGCCGCCGGGGCCCCUGAGGGCAGCGGCAGUAACAGCAGCAGCAGCAGCGGGGGCGGUGGAGGCGGCGGGGGCGGCAGCAACAGCAGCAGCAGCAGCAGCAGCAGCAACACCUUCAACCCUCAGGCGGACACGGGCGAGCAGCCCUACGAACACCUGACCGCAGAGUCUUUUCCUGACAUCUCUCUGAACAACGAGAAGGUGCUGGUGGAGACAAGUUACCCCAGCCAAACCACUCGACUGCCCCCCAUCACCUAUACUGGCCGCUUUUCCCUGGAACCUGCACCCAACAGUGGCAACACCUUAUGGCCCGAGCCCCUCUUCAGCUUGGUCAGUGGCCUCGUGAGCAUGACCAACCCACCAGCCUCCUCGUCCUCAGCACCAUCUCCAGCGGCCUCCUCCUCCUCCGCCUCCCAGAGCCCACCCCUGAGCUGUGCAGUGCCAUCCAACGACAGCAGUCCCAUUUACUCAGCUGCACCCACCUUCCCCACGCCGAACACUGACAUUUUCCCUGAGCCACAAAGCCAGGCCUUCCCGGGCUCAGCAGGGACAGCGCUCCAGUACCCGCCUCCUGCCUACCCUGCCGCCAAGGGUGGCUUCCAGGUUCCCAUGAUCCCCGACUACCUGUUUCCACAGCAACAGGGGGAUCUGGGCCUGGGUACCCCAGACCAGAAGCCCUUCCAGGGCCUGGAGAGCCGCACCCAGCAGCCUUCGCUCACCCCCCUGUCUACUAUCAAGGCCUUUGCCACUCAGUCGGGCUCCCAGGACCUGAAGGCCCUCAAUACCAGUUACCAGUCCCAACUCAUCAAACCCAGCCGAAUGCGCAAGUACCCCAACCGGCCCAGCAAGACGCCCCCCCACGAACGCCCUUACGCUUGCCCGGUGGAGUCCUGUGAUCGCCGCUUCUCCCGCUCUGACGAGCUCACCCGCCACAUCCGCAUCCACACAGGCCAGAAGCCCUUCCAGUGCCGCAUCUGCAUGCGCAACUUCAGCCGCAGCGACCACCUCACCACCCACAUCCGUACCCACACGGGCGAGAAGCCCUUCGCCUGCGACAUCUGUGGGAGAAAGUUUGCCAGGAGCGAUGAACGCAAGAGGCAUACCAAGAUCCACUUGCGGCAGAAGGACAAGAAAGCAGACAAAAGUGUUGUGGCCUCUUCGGCCACCUCCUCUCUCUCUUCCUACCCAUCCCCGGUUGCUACCUCUUACCCGUCCCCGGUUACUACCUCUUAUCCAUCCCCGGCCACCACCUCAUACCCGUCCCCUGUGCCCACCUCCUUCUCCUCUCCCGGCUCCUCAACCUACCCAUCCCCUGUGCACAGUGGCUUCCCCUCCCCGUCGGUGGCCACCACGUACUCCUCCGUUCCCCCUGCUUUCCCUGCCCAGGUCAGCAGCUUCCCUUCCUCAGCUGUCACCAACUCCUUCAGCGCCUCCACAGGGCUUUCGGACAUGACAGCAACCUUUUCUCCCAGGACAAUUGAAAUUUGCUAAAGGGAAAGGGGAAACAAAGGGAAAAGGGAGAAAAAGAAACACAAGAGACUUAAAGGACAAGAGGAGGAGAUGGCGGUAGGAGAGGAGGGUUCCUCUUAGGUCAGAUGGAGGUUCUCAGAGCCAAGUCCUCCCUCUCUACUUGGAGUGGAAGGUCUAUUGGCCAACGACCCUUUUUGCCCACUUCCCCUUCCCCAAUUCCUAUUCCCUUUGACUUCAGCUGCCUGAAACAGCCAUGUCCAAGUUCUUCACCUCUAUCCAAAGAACUUGAUUUGCAUGGAUUUUGGAUAAAUCAUUUCAGUAUCAUCUCCAUCAUAUGCCUGACCCCUUGCUCCCUUCAAUGCUAGAAAAUCGAGUUGGCAAAAUGGGGUUUGGGCCCCUCAGAGCCCUGCCCUGCACCCUUGUACAGUGUCUGUGCCAUGGAUUUCAUUUUUCUUGGGGUACUCUUGAUGUGAAGAUAAUUUGCAUAUUCUAUUGUAUUAUUUGGAGUUAGGUCCUCACUUGGGGGAAAAAAAAAAAGAAAAGCCAAGCAAACCAAUGGUGAUCCUCUAUUUUGUGAUGAUGCUGUGACAAUAAGUGUGAACCUUUUUUUUGAAACAGCAGUCCUAGGUAUUCUCAGAGCAUGUGUCCGAGUGUUGUUCCGUUAACCUUUCUGUAAAUACUGCUCGACUGGACUCUCACAUGUGGCAAAAUAUGGUUUGGUUUUUCUUUUUUUUUUUUUUUUUAAAGUUUUUU